AUGAGGUCACAAUUUAAAGACGAGCAUCCCUUCGAAAAGAGACAGGCUGAAGCAGCAAGAAUUGCUCAGAGGUUCAAAGAUAGGGUUCCUGUCAUUUGUGAAAAGGUUGAAAACUCCGAUAUUCCCGAGAUUGAUAAACGUAAAUAUUUGGUUCCUGUUGAUUUAACGGUUGGUCAAUUUGUUUACGUUAUCAGAAAAAGAAUCAAAUUACCCAGUGAAAAGGCUAUAUUUAUAUUUGUCAAUGAUAUUUUACCCCCCACUGCAGCUUUAAUCAGUACAAUUUACGAAGAGCACAAGGACGAAGAUGGUUUCUUGUAUGUCUUGUAUUCGGGCGAAAACACUUUUGGAGAGAAGGUGCCUAUCGAUUUAACUGACUUGGAUUUCAACAAUCUUCUGGAAGAUCUUUAA